GAUAAAGAAUCUCUUAUGUUUUUUAUCUGUUGUUUUUUUGAAUCUUUCUAACAUCUCAAAGAAAGAAUAAGUCGAAUAUGUAUUAUUAGACAGCGACAUCUUUAUUCAUUUCACGCGGCGGUAAAAUCGAAUUUGCAAUGACAAUUUAAGGUUAUAUUUAAUUGUACGAAUAUAGAAUUUAUUAGAAAAAAAGAAUAUAAGGUUCGUAGAUAUUUGUUGAAUGAAUAAAACAAUAAUAAUUAAUUUUAUUUGAUAAUGUUUUAUCCCAUAGUGAAUGAUACAAUGAUAUUAUAAAUCUUUCACAUUUUCGUCAAUAUAAUUUCAGAGUGCGCAAAUCUUGAAGCACACAUUUUGGAUUACCGUUCAUUACGAUAUAUUAUUAAUACAUAUAAUGUAAAAAUACAUUAUACAUAUGGUACAGUAUUUCAGUUUCGAAAAGUGACAAUGAAAAGACUUUUUAUUAAUUAUUGCGAAUAGAAGAAUGAACCGCAAAAGAUCAUGAAAAAGCAAUCUAUCGGAGAAAAAAUAAAUGUCACAUUUUUUUAUAGCAUCUGCAAAUAAUGCAGCGAAUUCGAAAUUAUACGAAAAUGAAAGAUCGAACGAAGUAUCAAAUGAUUCUCAACUCGUAGAACAAUCGUCGAUAGUGACGAUACAAAAACCUUUAGUUUUGAUGAAGUUAGAAAUGAUUAAGCCAAGCAUGGAAGGUGCAUCAUCAACGAACUCGGAGAAAAUUUUUUCGUAUGUCGAAGAAGAUACACCGACUGAUUUGCCUUUUCUAGAUAAUUCAAACAAUGAAUCGAUGCAGGACGUAACCAAUAUCGAAGGAAAGAUUAUUAACGGUUCAAAAUUUACUUUUUCUGCAAAGCAAACGAAGGAGAUGUCAAUGAAACUUACAAUUAGUUGUGACGCUACAACAACGCAAGCUGCAACCCCUUACUCUUCGUCCAUGUCAACUAUGGCAUCUGUAUCAACAAAAGAUAAUUUACAAAUAUCCACUACUCCUUUAUCUUCUAUAGGAUCUAUUUCUAAAAGCGAGAUUCUAACAAUCACUACGGAUUAUAAUAAUCGUUCGCCCGAUGUACGCAGUAUACUUGUAGAUGUAGUCGAUCAACACGAUCCAUCGUUGAUAUUUAAUCGAGAUUUACAAUUGUCGAUCGAAGAAACGUUCAAUUUACCACGAAGUAUAUCAUCCAUAAGAAAUAAUUUCGCUAAUCGAGCAAGACAAUCUCGUCGAAUCUGGAGAUUCGGAAAAUAUCUGUGUUGUAUUACAUCGACAGACGAAGAGAUAGAUACGCUUCAACAUUUGAGAGGGGCUCCACCUACAUAUUCAUCGAUAUAUGUUAGCCCAGGAACAUUACGUCAAGAAUCGGCUAUUACACGAACAAAUUUACACAAUACUAGAAGAUUUAUUUUUCCAGCUACGAAUCAAUCGUCUUUUGUAGCACCUACUCCUCCACCAAGUUAUGCUCAAGUUCAGGGUAUUCAACUUAGCCCAUAUUUUACGGAACAAAAUCUUUCUGUUUCACCAAGUGCUAAUUCUUGGUCUCCAAGACCCAUAACUACUAUUUGUACACGAUGCUUAGCCCUUGUCAUUACUCUAACAGAAGUUCGUCGAUCGAGUAUCACACAUUUAAGUGCAUUUCUUCUUUGUCUUUGUGGAUGCUGGCCUUGUUGUAUGAUCCCAUAUUGGUUGAAUUCUUGUAAAAGUACCGAUCAUUACUGUCCUAUUUGUCACACGUAUCUUGGAACUUACACACCUUGGUAAUUUAAACAUAUUCCUACAAAAUUCUUAUUACAAAUAUUCUCUACAUCUUUUUUUAUUAAUAAGUUCGUGCAUAAACGUUAAAAAAUUAUAAAAAUAUAUCUAGAAAUAAAUUGCAUUUAAUUAUACAAUGAAACAUAAAGUACACGAUGUUCGAUGAUAUUAAAAUUAUUAAAUAAUUUGUAAAUUGUCGCAAAAUAAUAUUACUACAGAUAAUAAUUAGAUAGUAUUAUUCUUAAUUUUUUUUCAUGGGUAUCAUUCAAGU